AUGUCCGCCAACAAAUCCACGGCAUUCGACCCCAACUCGGUGCCCAAGCCAAGCAACUACGAACUCGAAAAGCCAUACGGCGGAACAAAGGGCUUCAUGGAGUCAUAUGGACUGAAAGGUAAAUAAAACCCCCGCUUCAGCUUUCCUAGAAGCCGCGCCGAGUACUGCUGCUGACCUUAUGCUUGCUUGCUUGCUAUAUAUAGUGUGGGAACUCGACGACCAUGAGGAGAGAAAGGCUAUCCUUGAUGGCUUGCGUGAACACGAAUGGCAGAGUCGUGUUGAGGCGGCUCGUGAGCGGCAUGAGGGUCAGCUGCGAGGCGCUGGGCGUAAGUAA